AUAUUUAUUACAAGUAUUCGCAUUAAAUAUCGAGGAUUCUAGAAAUUCCAGUGAAAGUUAAUCAAAUUAAGUGAUCGUUUGCAUGAUCGCUGAUCUCGGAAGAAUUUUAAUUUGUGCAUUACCCUACGCUGAUAUUCGUAUGAUUAAAGUGCCGGUGUAAACAUCGUCGAUAGCGUUAAUGUUAUUUUGCAUUUUAGUACUUGCAAGAUACCAGAAUACUAUAUCCACUAUCAAAGUGCGUCAACGUCAUUGACACUGGUUCUCCCGAAAAAAAUUUAAAAAAGCGUUGAGAAUCGAAUCUCGAUACUUUCAGUCGCAGGAAUCCAAGUCGAUGCCAUUGCGCUGUUAACAGCUUUUGUUAAUGUCUUGUCCGUUAGGUGAAAGUUGCGCGGGAGAAAGAGUCAGGUGACACCAAAAAGAGAUUAAUUUCAUGAGAGAACGAGCAAGAGGGACAGAAUUUUUCUGAACAAUUUGGCACAACGAAAUUUUGGAUCGAUCUACAGAUCGCCUUAAGAAUUGAUAGUGAGCUAGUGUACACGACGUUCCGCUACGUUUUUACAAUCUUGUGGAGAUGAGGCAGCUUUGCACGUGGAUCCUGCUGCUUUUGACGAUCGUCAAUUUGCGAGCUCUUGAAAAAUUGAAGAUCAUCUACUCGUGGAAAUCGUUAGAUUUUGUAUUUCCAAGCGAGCAUGCUAGAUUGGCGGCUAUUAAAAGUGGAAAUUUUAUACCUGGUGCGCCAUUACCCAUCGACGUCGAUGUUUACAACGGAGAGUUCAAAUCGACGGUGUUCAUCGCCAUUCCAAGGUUUCAGGAUGGCGUACCUUUAACUUUGGGUUAUGUCACCGAUGAGGUAUCGCUCGAUGGAAAUACCCUAAUCGCACCAUAUCCAAAUUGGAGUUACAACGACGCAGGAAACUGUGCAUCGAUAAUCAGCGUUUACAGAAUGCAGAUAGAUGAAUGCGACCGAUUGUGGGUUCUCGACACCGGGAAGCUAGGGAGCAAACAAGUAUGUCCGCCGAAGCUGCACGUGUUUUCUCUGCGUGACAAUAAACUGAUCGCGCUGUACAGAUUUCCCGAGCAUCAGUUCAAAGAUGAAGAUUCUCUAUUCGUCACGGUGGCCGUUGACGUCCGAGACAAAACGAACAACUGCAAGGACACGUUCGCCUAUAUCGCCGAUGUGACAGGAUUCGCGUUGAUUGUCUACGAUUUUCGUAAUUCAAGAUCCUGGAAGAUCAACAACAACCUGUUUUACCCUUAUCCGCCGUAUGGCACAUUCAACAUCAAAGGUGACACGUUUGACCUGAUGGACGGGAUCCUUGGCCUCGCAUUGGGACCGAUUCACAACGGCGAUAGAAUUCUUUAUUUCCAUUCGUUGGCCAGCAGAGUGGAAUCCUGGGUACCUACCUCUGUAAUCAGGAAUUACACACUUUUCCACGAGGAUCCCAAUGCCGCUGCAAGAUCGUUCGUACCGUUUGAACACGAGAGGUCUUCGCAGUCCGUAGCCGAGGCUAUGAAUCAUGACGGAGUUCUUUUCUAUGGACUGUUGUCUGAUCUAGCGAUUGGAUGCUGGAACAGCAAGCAUUAUCCUCAGUUUGGAGGAAAGAAUAACGAGAUAAUCGUCAGAAACCCGGAGACGUUGCAGUUUCCCUCUGGUUUGAAGAUCAUAACAUCGAAGAAGGGUAAACAAGAAUUAUGGAUCCUGUCGGUGUCUUUCCAGAGAUACAUGAGCGGUACUUUGCACUCGAACGAAACCAAUUUCAGGAUCCAAGCUGGUUUCGUGGAGGAAUUAGUUCGUGGCACCAAAUGCGACGUCUCCUCCCUAGGAGGACGUCAUCAUCGGCAAUGAGAGUCGUGGCACCGCGAGCAGUUCUCCGACUAUUAUCAUCGGAGUCUCUGGCCAUCAUGGCGAUUCUCGACCAUCGCCAAUAGACCAUUUUUUAUGAACGAUCGUUUGGAAUCGUAUUAUGCCCAAAACCACUUCGAAAAUUACUAUCACCGUCGUUAUCCGUGGCGUCCUUUCGCUAUCAGAUCCAUGGACGCGUAUUCCUCGUGGAUCAGAAACGAAAGAUUCUAAUGUCAGUCGCAUGAUUUUGAGAUAUUCAGACCAGGAUAAAUGACGAAUGAAAUUGUAAAGAAGGAUUUGUGGUAUUAGUCAACGGAGAAAAGUCACGAUUUUGGAAGGAAGGUUGAGCUUAAAUACGAACUUUUGUUGCUGUUCGUGGUGCUGUAGAGGUUUUUGGAGUUUCGCGAGCCUAUUUUAAGAUAGACAAUAUGAAAUUGAAAAAACGAUAACUCCAUGAGUUAAAUUUGUAAUAGAAAUUUGUGUAAUCGCGUUAAUUAUUAAUAUAGAUUUAUUAGGAUAUGUUAUUUAUUAAUAUCGACUUAUUUGAUCGCGCAAUUGUGAAGCAGAUUCUAUGUUUGUACAAGUUUUAGUAUUGUAAUAAAAAAUGUGAACGU